UUGUUGCCUUUCGGUUUUUGGGCUCGGUAUGUGUAGUGCGUUCGCGGCGGCUGGCUGGCUGAAAAGGCUUGGUCCAGGGAGCCGGAGAGAGAAGAAGAAAACUCGAGCUUCAACCCGGGCAGCGAGAUGGACGUUCUGAAAUCGGAGAUCCUCCGGAAGCGGCAGCUGGUGGAGGACAGGAACCUGUUGGUGGAAAAUAAAAAAUAUUUCAAGCGUAGUGAACUUGCAAAAAAAGAAGAGGAAGCAUAUUUUGAAAGAUGUGGCUACAAGCCUAUAAAUGAGAAGCCAUCUGGAGAGAUACAGCCAAAAGAGGAGGACCAGAAACCAUUAACUUCAUCGAAUCCAGUAUUAGAACUUGAACUGGCAGAAGAAAAAUUACCCAUGACUCUUUCUAGGCAAGAGGUUAUCAGGAGAUUAAGAGAAAGAGGAGAACCAAUCAGACUCUUUGGAGAAACUGAUUAUGAUGCUUUUCAACGUUUAAGAAAAAUAGAGAUCCUCACACCGGAAGUUAACAAGGGAUUGAGGAAUGAUCUGAAAGCAGCUUUGGAUAAGAUUGAUCAGCAGUACCUGAAUGAACUUGUGGGUGGCCAGGAACCUGGAGAGGAAGACACCCAGAAUGAUUUGAAAGUUCAUGAAGAAAACACCACAAUUGAAGAGUUAGAGGCACUGGGAGAGUCUUUAGGAAAAGGUGAUGAUCAUAAAGACAUGGACAUCAUUACCAAAUUCCUUAAGUUUCUUCUUGGUGUUUGGGCUAAGGAGCUGAAUGCCAGAGAGGAUUAUGUGAAGCGCAGUGUACAGGGUAAACUGAACAGUGCUACUCAGAAACAGACGGAGUCCUAUCUCAGACCCCUUUUCAGAAAGCUACGGAAAAGGAAUCUUCCUGCCGAUAUUAAAGAAUCCAUAACAGAUAUCAUUAAAUUCAUGUUGCAGAGGGAAUAUGUGAAGGCUAAUGACGCUUAUCUUCAGAUGGCCAUUGGAAAUGCCCCUUGGCCCAUUGGUGUCACUAUGGUGGGCAUCCAUGCCAGAACUGGUAGGGAAAAGAUUUUUUCCAAGCACGUGGCACAUGUUUUAAAUGAUGAGACGCAGCGGAAAUAUAUUCAGGGAUUGAAGAGGUUAAUGACCAUUUGCCAGAAGCACUUUCCUACAGAUCCAUCGAAAUGUGUGGAGUACAAUGCGCUGUGAGAUCUGUGUGCGGCCUGUGGAUAUCACAAGGAACUUAAGCCUGGCGUGGACUUGUGGAAUUGCCAACAGGCACGAGGGAAGAAGAAAAAGGAAUUUCUGGUCUCUGAGUUCUGCCUAAUGCAACUCUUGGUUUUAAGAACUGUGUUGGCUCUCAUGUCACAUCUGACUGCCAAGUGAUUUUUGUGUCUUGCUUUUAUUUUAAAUAGUCGAAAAAUUAAGUUCUAAAGACUUUUCCUCAUAAGUUAAAUGUGUAGACAACAGUCACGGGACAGGGUUUAAAAUAACUUUUCCCCUCUAGAGCUGGAAGUUGCAGUUAGAGGAUUAAAAAGGAACAUUUGAGGAUGGACUUAAUUAUUUCUGUAAAAUAUGGUAAUUUUCACAUUGCCUCUUAUGAAGUGUUUAUAGAAAAAUAUUUUUAUAUUUUCAACAAAAACAUGGAACCAUUUAAUGAAACUUGAUAGUGCUUAAAUGUUGCUGAACUUUUGCCAUCUUGCAAUAGAUUUGAAUGUAAAUGUUACUACUGUUACGUGUUAUUUUUCUUGCAUUUCAAAGCUUGCUUUUAUCUUUUAAAGUGUGUAAAUUUUAGUAUUGGUCAUCUCUUGGGACAGAUACAAUUAACAGGAAAUAGAAGUUUGGAACACAAAGAUGGUAUAUUAAACCAACAGAAGUUCAAAUUCAGUAACCCCAGUGCAUAAAGGUUCAAGGUGGGGAGAUGGAUUGUCAAGCCAGGAACGGGGAUGUUUUGCUGCCGCUGGUUCUUCCUAGAAUAGGACUGCCCACGAGCGCCAUCCUCCCGAGACCGGUGGUGGACAGCUGCCCCAGCUCCAUCCUGCCCAGCAGAAGAGGAGGAUGCCAGGACUCUUGGCCGCUGCCCGAGACAGUAGGUCCUGGGUCUGAUUUUGCACAAACGAGGACUUCUUUUUGCACAGUGUCACCCCCAGAUAAUUGUGACGAAUCACUGCGCUUUAGAGGUUGAGAGGACUCAGUGGAUAGAGGCAGGUGGGGAUAGAAAGUGGCCUGAGUAGGUGGAUUGGCACUGCCGGCUAGAGGUGGGAGUGCGGCUCCGAAGUCAGAACUAACUCGCCUCGGACUGCAGCUCCGCACCCGUGCACGGAAGGGUGUGAGUAUGCACGUGCGACCAUGAGCGAGUUACUUCAUCUCUCCAAGCCUCAGCUUCCUUAUCUGCAAAUGGUGGGGAUACUUGUACAUACCUCAUGGCAUCACUGUUGUAUUUAAGCAAAAGAAAACGCUUGGCACGCUGCCUGGCAAGUAAGAGCUCAGUAAAUAACAGUUGUGUCCUUGUUGUUAGAGUGAAGACAAAGUAGCUUUCCCCAGCCUGCCGUCAGGGUCAGUGUGGGCUCACGUGACGAGAACAACGGUGGUGGCAGCAGCGUGCUAGCAGCGUCGGCAGUGCUAGUAGGAGCGUCUAUUAAGCAUUUACUGUGUCCAGGCUCUAUAGCUGCUGUCACUUUGAGCCAGUUCUGAGUUUAGAAGGAUCGAGAGUAUGGUGGGGCUGGAGUCAGCUGCGCGGGUGCAGGUGGGCUCACAGUCACUUCUUCCGGCCCCCCUUGGGAAGCCUCGAAAGCCAGUUUCGGCCACUGGUGGGGUCUGUGGCUGUGCCUGGCCGAUCGUGUCCGCUGGUCACGUGUGCGAUGGUGGCUGAGGCCUGCUGUCCUGAAUUGAAUCAGGGUUCCUUGCCUACCUGCGAAGCCGUUUCUUCUUACUCAAUUACAACCGAAGAGAGCUUACUAGAGCAAGUAAGAGACGGACGUUCAUAAGAUAUGACAACAGUCUAGACUUCUCUUGUGUAGUCUUGUUGUAUAGGACUUGUUUAUAAAUAUUGUUGAACGAACACUCCCCAGGUCACUUCUUUUUAAUUCCCAGUCAGCAUGGUAGUCAGCUAAUUUCGUGUUGUCUUCCCAUUUGCUGUCAGUUAAUAUCCCACCACAAAGAAGAAACUGCAUCAUGUGGCACCAGUAUCUUCUAAAACUGAUCAGUGUGGAUAGAUGGUUGGAAAAAAGAGUUGUACUGUGUUCUACAGUGCUGUGAAUGUUGGUCAUUUUGGGCUUAGGUUGAAAGACGUAGAUGUUGUGGAAAAGUCUUCCGUUUCCCUGAAGUGAAAGAUCUUCAGAGGAUUGCAGAUAUCAUGAGGGUGUGUUAAAAAAUGACCUCUCACAGUCUCCAAAUCAUGAAAGUUUUAGUUCACCAGAUGCUACGUAUUUCUAUUUUUUAGCUAUUUCUAAAACAAUAAAGGCCUGUCUUUUAAAAUCAGUCACAAUCCUGAACUAAGUAUAUUUUUCCCUUUCUAUCUCCCACCUGCUCAGACUCCUUUCCAAAGGAGUCGUGUCUUUCUGGAUUCAAAUUUAGUAAAACACUGGUUUUCCCUCAGAAGUAAAUACUGCUUUUCUUAGGAGUGUUCUUGCCAACUGCAAAGACUGAGCAGUAUUUUUCAGCACUGCAGCAGGGGGCUGCGGCCGUCUGGAGGUCAUGGCUGUGAUUCUGGCCUUUGGGGAAAACUAGGAAAAGAAGGCUGAGGCCAAAGACAAUUGACACACAGCGGGGAGAGAGAAAGGAUGGUCCUGAUCUUGUAGGAAGGAGGAGGAGUCCCGAGAGACCAGAGCUAGGAAGGCAGCUGUCACUGGCAACAGCAUUUAGGAUACGCUGUGACUCUGAGCUCUCAGGAAGAAUUUGGAGGAAUAGAAAAUAGGGUUGAUAGCAGCGCGACUUCUUAAGUUUUUCCUUCUGGUGAUCUCCUGACCCACUCUAGCCCUUUAGAUUGUCCCGGGACUUGACACCAGUAAAUACUGUAGAAAUACAAUUGUCUUUUUAUAUGAAAGAAAGUAAGCGUUUGGUAGCUUUGAACUUGGGGGAUUCCUAUCACUGGCUCCUUUUCAGCCCUGCAAUAACCCCCUUUAUUGCUUCUGGACCUGGAAGGGUAGUAGAACUAAGUGGGGCAGAUUCAGUGAAAGGGGAGCUUGGGUUGAGAUGCGGCCGUUUCCUUUGUGCAAAUAUCUCAAAGAGCAUAACUUAGUGGGUCAUGCCUCCCUCCUCCCCGUCCUCGCCCAUGAAGCCCCUGGAGCCCCUGGAAGAAUGUUUAUCCCAUAGAAAUUCAUGGUAUGGAGUCACAUUGGGAGGCUUGAACCGAAAGCACUUUCUCAUGGCGGGUUUCUGUAAGAGUUUCCAGCUGUCGAGAGUGUCAGGAGCCAGCUCCAGUUCCCGGAGGGUCGCUGUGGGAACACCAUCGCGGCAACUGGUUUCCAUCACAGACUCUGCAGUUGG